AUGUCUUUCGAAGAUGCUACAAACACCCUUUUAAUCGCUUAUGCGGAUGGUUUUCUGGAUGAUGAAGAGUUUAUUGUUCUUUACGAUUAUUACCAACCCGUUAAUCCUUCAUUUCCGUACUGGAAUUUUGAUCCAUUCUGUUUGGAUGUGUUCGACUCUUGCGAGUGCGAAGCUCACUUCAGGGUGGCCAAGGAUGAUAUUCCGAUGUUAUUGAACGCACUGCGGACUCCGGCGAGUUUCAAGUGCCCACAAGUGUUGCAUGUAGAGAUCGUACUAAAAACAAAACAACCGGAAGCGGAAACGAGUCUUGUGUAUGACGUAUUCAUCCGGGUUAUCAAAAAGAGAGCGCGAGCUGAACGAGUGACGAGAGAAAAAGAAACGGAAUGAACGUGUGAAGCAUGUGAAGUGUAAAGAAGUUUUACGGUUUAUUUGUAGACGCAUGAAACAAGGGUAACAUUUUGGCGACCCCGCCAGGACGAACUUUGAUUCUCAAGUCCGUGGGACGUUAUUUGUUGUGAAGGGAAGCAGAAAUGGUCAGAAUUGGAGCUAAGGAGAUUGUGAGUGGAGCGGUAUGAACACGUGGAUUUGCAGUUGAGGAGACAAGCGGCGACCGAAAACAGUCAGAUGCGUACGGUAGGACUUUACAAUAUUGGGCUCUGUGACGGUGGAGUACAUUCACUAGUUAUUUUGUGUUUGGCGAAGUGGACGAGUUGAUUUGUUCUGUUGGCUCACUGUUACCGGAAUUACAGCGUUUGCGCUAGGUUACUUGUGUUCAGUUUGGAAAUAAGCUUUCGCGGUUAGAAUUAAUUAUGGAACAAUUACAACUCCAAGUAGAGUCUCGAUUGUUCAAACAAGAUGAGAAGGGUUUGGCUGAAAUGAUAGGACUAUUGGGAAUCGACGAUGACCUUGCGGGUAAAAGUAAGAUGCAGAGAAUCAAAAUUAUUACGAAAACCAUCGACAGCAAAAUGGCGGGCAAUGAAAAGGAAGCACGAGCGUGCCUCGAACAGUUACUUGCUUUUGUGACCGGCAAUGUACCACCCCUCGAAGAGGUAGAGAUAAAAACCAGCAGCUUCAGGAGUAAAAACGGAGAAACAGUCUUCUGACGGAGGACCUAAACAAGAAAAGAUAGUGGAAGAUAUAUUGAGUCAGUUAGCGAAAACAAAGUCGAGUUCAUCUUUGCUACGUUGCGAAUUUAAGAUUUCUGGUCAGAUCGGCGAACCAGGGCAAACAGAGAAACUAACUUUUGUUUCCUUAAUGCACCAAAUAGACUCAGGGCUAAAACGUGAUUACCAAGAAAAUGAAAUUGUGGAUGCAGUGAUUCGUGUCAUCUCUCCACACAGUAGUCUUCGGAGCUAUGUCGAGACUCUAAGUGACCUCUCACUAGCUAAGCUACGAAGGAUCCUUCGUGUCCAUUAUAGAGAGAAAACAGCCUCAGAAGUAUAUCAGCAAUUGGCCACCGUGUGCCAACAAAGUAGUGGUGAAUCCCCACAACAGUUCCUUCUCCGUGCGCUGGAUUUGCGUAACAAGGUGAACUUUGCAAGUAAGGAGUCAGAUUGUGUUUGAUUUUCAUCGUGAGAUGGUGGAUUAUUGCAAGUCGGACGUGGUCCUUCUCAAAGCAGGUUGUGAGAAAUUUGCGCAAGAGUUUCAAGCCAAUGCAGGCUUUAACCCAUUUGAAAAGUGCACGACCAUUGCCAGUGCGUGUAAUCUCUACUGGCGCAAACACCAUGUGAAACCAGACCAGAUUGCCGUGGAACCACCUCAAGGUUGGCGAGUGGCCCGAGUCAACCAAUCGCAAGUGGCUCUGGAAUGGUUGUAUUGGAAAGAGGGGGAAUCCGCUGAUCGAAUCAAACAUGUACGCAACAGAGGCGAACAAACGGUCCUCACCCCUGCCGCAGCCUAUUUUGUGGACGGCUUCGAUGCUGAAACCAACACCGUCUAUGAGUUCCAUGUCUGUUUAUUUCAUGGAUGCCCUAAGUGCCAUCCCAAUCGAGAUGACAAGCAUUACUGUUCCCCGGACAGAACCCUGGAAGAAUUGUACCAGGCCACCUGGAACAAGAGCCGUUGUCUUCGCCUGAAUGGUUACAUAGUGAAAGAAUGCUGGGAAUGUGAGUGGAAGGACGACUACCUUGGAUGUAUGACAGACGAGUUAGAGGGAGAUGUGAUCCAGGAGUUUGUCUCGGGCGGAGCAAAAAAUUAUUGGUAUAUCACACGUGGUGGAAAGGUGGAGUGUAAAGUGCGCGGGUUUACCCUCAAUGUGCGUGGGACUGCAGCGCUGAAUUAUCACACCAUGAAAGCCAACAUCCUUGCCGAAUUAGAUGACCCCCAGGACAAAAGAAGAACCAUCUUAGUCAAAGAUCCAUAUUUUUUUCAACGGGAUGUACCCAACAAACGUAUUAGGUUGACGGAACGCGUUAAAAAAUACGGUUUAGUGUUUGAUAAAAGGGCCAUUGACCUCCCCACCAAACGGUCCUAUCCCUAUGGUUAUUCACGCAUUCAUCAUGAAGUCGAUCUUUUGCUUUCGUUAUAACAAUGUCAAUAGUUUUGAAAGGGCGAGUUCUCUUUAGGAGACCUUACAUGUCCCCAUUGGAAAUAGGACAUGGCAGUGAAUGAAGGGAAGAGGUUGCAUGGCGACGCAAUUCCCUUAAUUAAAUACUUGGCAGUUGUUUUAAAAAAAACAUGGUGUGUAUUAUUGAGUGAGGGUAUACAAUUAAUAAGGACACUCUUGUUUAAAACACACAACACACCUUUUAUUCAUUUUAUCAAAAAACACAUUAUAACUUAAGACGUCUCUUGGCUUGCAUUACUUUUUUGACCAUUCUUUCAGUCAACUUUUUCUUGCCUGGCAAUCGAUCAAUGGCUCGGAUCAUGACGUCAUCAGCGUUCCAUUUAUCUUGCAAAUUCUUGGCUUUACUGUAAGCGAUAUCGUGCUGUUUGGCAAUUUUGUCUAAGCGAUUUAUCCCAGGAUCCCCUCUUGCUAAACGUUUGGCCAACUUGGUCCCAGGCCCUGCGUACUGAUAUCCGGGGAUGUGGAACUCGAUCCCAGUGUUGCUCAACAAUUUCUGAAUAUCCAACUUUCCUCCCCAUUGAAGACGUCGCCUUUUACUAGAGGUCUUGCGUUUACGAGUAGUCCUUGCCAUAAAGUUUUCAUUGGAGGGGGGUUCCAAAUGGUUUCCAACCUGGGACUGGUUUCAAGGUCUGUACCUCAGCUUUUCUGGAUUUACGACGGAACGAUUUAAACACGUUGCGGGCAAUUUCCUUGGGUUUACUCCACGGUUGCUCACCCAAAGCCCCUGAGAGAGGAAGUUCUUCAGCUAAUUCUUCUCCACCUAUUAGUUCUGGGGUGGAUUGGGGUGGUGUAAAAUACAGUCGCUUCUUGUUAGGUGUUUUUUUUCCUUUGGGCGUGACGGCUAAGGAGACUCGUUUCUUUUUCGGCGCCCCUGGUCCUUUAGGAGUAGAGGACUUGGAUAAAUUAGACGAGCGUUUCGUUGGACCACUUGAAGACGCUUUCCUUUUCACGCCUGCUUUUGGAGUAACAACUGGAUGGGGAGAUGAGGGGGUCUGUUUUAUACGUUUUGGGGAUGGUAAUAAUUUAGUCAACAAGGUGUGCAUAGGUCAUGCGGCUAGAUUCAUUUCAUCCUCAUCCUCUUCCUCUACAUCUCCUCCACCCGCUCCCACACGACUUCCACCUGGCUGACGAACGCGUUUAGUCCACUGUCUUAGUUCUCUGCCAACAGCUUUUAACUGAGGUCGUUUCCACGCAUCUGAGGAUGGACUCGUUAACAAGAGAUGAUGUGUGGCUUUGUUUAAACGACUGUCUUCCAACAAGUCAUUUUUGUAAUGGUCUCGUAAUCGCAAAAACGCAACUGAGUCUUGCACGGGGAUACUUUUCAUGUCCUCAACCAUCUUGACUGAUUGACCUCUAGGUAGGUGUGGUCUGCUUUAUACUCGUUGGAAAAACCGUGUUACUAGCUCUUUGAGUUUAGCCCAGGUCACUUUUUGUUUCAUCAUCUCUCUCAGUUCUUUAAGCGUCACUAGAAUAGCCCGUAACGUCUGCAGUAAGCGAACCAACAUGUCCACGAGUUGCGGUCUCAUCUUGGUUUAACAUGUCGUUUAGAAAACACACGCUAUUUAUAUAGGCGCUGGCUACACUCAUAACAUCGACGUAAUUCUUUCCAUACUAGAUUGCCGGCUCCUAAUUGAUGAAUCAUGGUGUGUCGUCGACGUUUCGCCGAAUUUCUAGGAUUGGCAAUGAAUCGUAACACGGAUGCGUGAGGUCUCAUUCUCUUCAAGGUGAACUUUCCUUGAGGUACAACACCACGUAAAGUAUUCAGGACUAGUUCACUCACUGCAUUGAUUUGAUCAAUAUUCGCAUACCGUAAUCGCUGUUGACGUUUGUGAGCAUUGGCUUCGUUGAGUACACUUUUUAAAAACGGAACUUGUCGACUCAUACGUCCCUCCAUCCUGUCUGUCAUCUUUUCGUGUCAUGAUCCGGUCUUUAUAGUUACCGGCGGCGUCUACGAGUGGCUGCUUCCAAUCCUUUCUUGACACCAUAACUGGCAGCACCCCCUAAACUCCCGAGAGCAGCUGCUUUCCCUGCUGCGGCUAGAGCUGGUAAAGCAAGGGCGAGUAAGGGAACAAUACCACCUUUUUAAAACCCCACACCAGGUGGAUGACGGCGUCUAAUCCCUCUUUGUUUACGUUUGCCUUUGGUUCUUCUGCCCAUGAUGAAUGCAAUGAUUCAAGGUAGGUGUACGCGUUUAUUUAUAGGGUUUUCCUAGUCUCGUCAAUAAUUUGUCCUCUCUAAAAGUAUGCAUCUGUGGUCGCCCGCUCGUUUGGUCAAAUGACUCCAUAAUCUGUAGCGAUCAUCGGAGGCAGGAUGGAGAUCCAACAAUAAAUAGCCAAAGGGACGUGUAGUCAAUCGUCGAAAGAGACGUAAGACGGUGCGCCAUCGUUCUGGAAAGGCUUCUAAUAACACUGUAGGAAUGCCUGUUUGAUCACGGGGGUUCUUGAAGGCCACCAAGUAAUGAGCAUUUUGAUUAAUGGUUUAGGAAAAUUUACCCGGUGGAAAUAAAUCUUGGGAAAGAUACAACACGGUUACUCCCCGAUGAUGAGAAUCUUUUGUAAAUAAAUCCAACACGCAUUUAUCACUUCCACCUUCCUCCAUUAAAUCAUCCAACACCAAUGUCCCAUGAUCUUGAGGUUUAAACCAUUUGAUCAAUGCACCUUCCUCCGGUAUUCCACGAUGAAAACGAAUCUUGUCCUGCUCUUGCAUUCUCUCAAACCGUUCGAGAUGACAAGCAUUACUGUUCCCCGGACAGAACCCUGGAAGAAUUGUACCAGGCCACCUGGAACAAGAGCCGUUGUCUUCGCCUGAAUGGUUACAUAGUGAAAGAAUGCUGGGAAUGUGAGUGGAAGGACGACUACCUUGGAUGUAUGACAGACGAGUUAGAGGGAGAUGUGAUCCAGGAGUUUGUCUCGGGCGGAGCAAAAAAUUAUUGGUAUAUCACACGUGGUGGAAAGGUGGAGUGUAAAGUGCGCGGGUUUACCCUCAAUGUGCGUGGGACUGCAGCGCUGAAUUAUCACACCAUGAAAGCCAACAUCCUUGCCGAAUUAGAUGACCCCCAGGACAAAAGAAGAACCAUCUUAGUCAAAGAUCCAUAUUUUUUUCAACGGGAUGUACCCAACAAACGUAUUAGGUUGACGGAACGCGUUAAAAAAUACGGUUUAGUGUUUGAUAAAAGGGCCAUUGACCUCCCCACCAAACGGUCCUAUCCCUAUGGUUAUUCACGCAUUCAUCAUGAAGUCGAUCUUUUGCUUUCGUUAUAACAAUGUCAAUAGUUUUGAAAGGGCGAGUUCUCUUUAGGAGACCUUACAUGUCCCCAUUGGAAAUAGGACAUGGCAGUGAAUGAAGGGAAGAGGUUGCAUGGCGACGCAAUUCCCUUAAUUAAAUACUUGGCAGUUGUUUUAAAAAAAACAUGGUGUGUAUUAUUGAGUGAGGGUAUACAAUUAAUAAGGACACUCUUGUUUAAAACACACAACACACUUUUUAUUCAUUUUAUCAAAAAACACAUAACUUAAGACGUCUCUUGGCUUGCAUUACUUUUUUGACCAUUCUUUCAGUCAACUUUUUCAUGCCUGGCAAUCGAUCAAUGGCUCGGAUCAUGACGUCAUCAGCUUUCCAUUUAUCUUGCAAAUUCUUGGCUUUACUGUAAGCGAUAUCGUGCUGUUUGGCAAUUUUGUCUAAGCGAUUUAUCCCAGGAUCCCCUCUUGCUAAACGUUUGGCCAACUUGGUCCCAGGCCCUGCGUACUGAUAUCCGGGGAUGUGGAACUCGAUCCCAGUGUUGCUCAACAAUUUCUGAAUAUCCAACUUUCCUCCCCAUUGAAGACGUCGCCUUUUACUAGAGGUCUUGCGUUUACGAGUAGUCCUUGCCAUAAAGUUUUCAUUGGAGGGGGGUUCCAAAUGGUUUCCAACCUGGGACUGGUUUCAAGGUCUGUACCUCGGCUUUUCUGGAUUUACGACGGAACGAUUUAAACACGUUGCGGGCAAUUUCCUUGGGUUUACUCCACGGUUGCUCACCCAAAGCCCCUGAGAUAGGAAGUUCUUCAGCUAAUUCUUCUCCACCUAUUAGUUCUGGGGUGGAUUGGGGUGGUGUAAAAUACAGUCGCUUCUUGUUAGGUGUUUUUUUUCCUUUGGGCGUGACGGCUAAGGAGACUCGUUUCUUUUUCGGCGCCCCUGGUCCUUUAGGAGUAGAGGACUUGGAUAAAUUAGACGAGCGUUUCGUUGGACCACUUGAAGACACUUUCCUUUUCACGCCUGCUUUUGGAGUAACAACUGGAUGGGGAGAUGAGGGGGUCUGUUUUAUACGUUUUGGGGAUGGUAAUAAUUUAGUCAACAAGGUGUGCAUAGGUCCUGCGGCUAGAUUCAUUUCAUCCUCAUCCUCUUCCUCUACAUCUCCUCCACCCGCUCCCACACGACUUCCACCUGGUUGACGAACGCAUUUAGUCCACUGUCUUAGUUCUCUGCCAACAGCUUUUAACUGAGGUCGUUUCCACGCAUCUGAGGAUGGACUCGUUAACAAGAGAUGAUGUGUGGCUUUGUUUAAACGACUGUCUUCCAACAAGUCAUUUUUGUAAUGGUCUCGUAAUCGUAAAAACGCAACUGAGUCUUGCACGGGGAUACUUUUCAUGUCCUCAACCAUCUUGACUGAUCGACCUCUAGGUAGGUGUGGUCUGCUUUACACUCGUUGGAAAAACUGUGUUACUAGCUCUUUGAGUUUAGCCCAGGUCACUUUUUGUUUCAUCAUCUCUCUCAGUUCUUUAAGCGUCACUAGAAUAGCCCGUAACGUCUGCAGUAAGCGAACCAACAUGUCCACGAGUUGCGGUCUCAUCUUGGUUUAACAUGUCGUUUAGAAAACACACGCUAUUUAUAUAGGCGCUGGCUACACUCAUAACAUCGACGUAAUUCUUUCCAUACUAGAUUGCCGGCUCCUAAUUGAUGAAUCAUGGUGUGUCGUCGACGUUUCGCCGAAUUUCUAGGAUUGGCAAUGAAUCGUAACACGGAUGCGUGAGGUCUCAUUCUCUUCAAGGUGAACUUUCCUUGAGGUACAACACCACGUAAAGUAUUCAGGACUAGUUCACUCACUGCAUUGAUUUGAUCAAUAUUCGCAUACCGUAAUCGCUGUUGACGUUUGUGAGCAUUGGCUUCGUUGAGUACACUUUUUAAAAACGGAACUUGUCGACUCAUACGUCCCUCCAUCCUGUCUGUCAUCUUUUCGUGUCAUGAUCCGGUCUUUAUAGUUACCGGCGGCGUCUACGAGUGGCUGCUUCCAAUCCUUUCUUGACACCAUAACUGGCAGCACCCCCUAAACUCCCGAGAGCAGCUGCUUUCCCUGCUGCGGCUAGAGCUGGUAAAGCAAGGGCGAGUAAGGGAACAAUACCACCUUUUUAAAACCCCACACCAGGUGGAUGACGGCGUCUAAUCCCUCUUUGUUUACGUUUGCCUUUGGUUCUUCUGCCCAUGAUGAAUGCAAUGAUUCAAGGUAGGUGUACGCGUUUAUUUAUAGGGUUUUCCUAGUCUCGUCAAUAAUUUGUCCUCUCUAAAAGUAUGCAUCUGUGGUCGCCCGCUCGUUUGGUCAAAUGACUCCAUAAUCUGUAGCGAUCAUCGGAGGCAGGAUGGAGAUCCAACAAUAAAUAGCCAAAGGGACGUGUAGUCAAUCGUCGAAAGAGACGUAAGACGGUGCGCCAUCGUUCUGGAAAGGCUUCUAAUAACACUGUAGGAAUGCCUGUUUGAUCACGGGGGUUCUUGAAGGCCACCAAGUAAUGAGCAUUUUGAUUAAUGGUUUAGGAAAAUUUACCCGGUGGAAAUAAAUCUUGGGAAAGAUACAACACGGUUACUCCCCGAUGAUGAGAAUCUUUUGUAAAUAAAUCCAACACGCAUUUAUCACUUCCACCUUCCUCCAUUAAAUCAUCCAACACCAAUGUCCCAUGAUCUUGAGGUUUAAACCAUUUGAUCAAUGCACCUUCCUCCGGUAUUCCACGAUGAAAACGAAUCUUGUCCUGCUCUUGCAUUCUCUCAAACCGUGGUUGCCAACGAUCGUAACAAUACACAAUCUUUUUGGGAGGGGGUGAAAAGAGUUUCUUCUCUAGUAACAAUUGUUCCACUAAGUCACUUUUUCCACUGCCCGAGGGUCCGGCCACAAUCGCGGUGGCUGGUUGACAAAUCAUCUCUUCCGUCAAGUGUGUUUGUUGUCUUUUAUACCUUGUUUCUCACACCUCCCAAGGUGCGCGAAGUCCCUGUAAUCACCCGUGGCCCCUUUCGCACCCAUGCGUUUGUACCGUUUGCUUUUACCCAGUUGAUACCCGAUUUUGGCGGCUUUUGACAAGACUGUUCACAGUCCACCCCCUCGAAACGGACGCGUUAACCUUUUACAACGACGUUUUUGUUUGGGCAUACUGACCAAUAUUCUCGAUACAAGCGAGGGGAUACUGUCUGGAUUACCAAUUCCAUCUCUUCCCUUAAAUAGGUUUCACCCACUGUGUCCAUAUACUGUUUCAGAUCAGGCCAUCGAGCUUGUUGAGCUAAUUCGACUACGUGAUGCCAGUGCACCCCAUCCCAUGGUACUUGAAAAAACAUUUUGAGGGGAUGUUGUAAGAAAUACAAGCAUUCUUCCAUGACAAAUGCUUCAAAGACUCAUUGAUGAUCACUUCGUGUGAUCAUGACAAAACACCUCUUGAUACAGACGGGGUGAGACUGACUGAAUCAAUUUUUCCAAGACCUCCCUUAAGAAGGGUAUCUCGUAACUCGUCCGAAAUGUUGACUUUUUGAACAUCUUGUUCAUAAAAAGUUUCUUUUAUAGGUGUACCAUCCCACUUGGUGAGUUUAUAGGUCACCAAUGGACGUCGCUUUACGUCUUGAAUCAAAAAGACUUCCUCCGUCCACCCUGGGAGGUACCCUUUUUUGAAAGGGCGAUGUUUUUUGUUUAAUCUGACUUUAUCUCCUUUUUGACGGAGGGGUAUUUUCUUUGAGGUUUGCAAUCCAUGGGCGUAGAGUUUGUUCCAUACUUGACGGCCCUGAGAGGGAGUGACAUUGGCUGGUUUCAUGCCAUGACUAGAAUGAAGGGUAUGGUUGUACGCCUUGACCAGGGAAGGUAAGACAUCUAUGUAGCGCAAGGUGUUUUUGGCCGUAAAAUAACAAAACAUACGUUCUUUGAGGGUACGAUUCCAUCGUUCUACCACAGCGGCUUUGGUAUCUCCAUGCGUUGAAAAGUGAUGGACUCCUUGUUGUUUAAAAAGGGCUUGAACCUUAGAAUUAUAGAAUUCUUUUCCGAGAUCUGACUGUACCCGUAAUGGUUGUUGUGGAUAAGCGCAUUUCCAUAUCCGUUCUAACCCCUGUUUCACUUGCUCGCCACCUUUACUUUUGAUAAGUUCGGCCCACGCAAACUUGGACAACACAUCAAUGAUGGUAAUCAAAUACUGGUAACCCUUAUUCCAUUUCGCCAGGGAUUUUAAAUCGGCUAAAUCAAUCUGCCACUGCUCAUCGACCCCAAACACUAGCGUAGGUAAUAUGGGAAAAUGUUGACAACCUGGUUUGUGUAGUGUAUAACUCAAUCGCUGUUGUAAUAAUUGUUGAGCUUUUUUGGUGGAGGCCACUUGCUUUGGCAAAGCGUUGUACUCCGCCCAAGGCUCCAGGAACAGAAGGAUCUUCAUAAACCGAUGCUUUUUUGUACAUGAUACCAUAUCCACUGUCCCAGGAGAUAAGAGAAGGAAUAAUUCCAUUGAGGAAACUUUCUCCUUAAAUAACGCCAGAUCGCUUCUCCUUCGCAGGGAAACGUGGUGUUUACCCAGACAAUGUAGACAGCAAAUCGCCCCCAUGUAGGAUUCCGUUGCAUGAUCAAUACAAAAAUGGGAAGUGAAGAGGCUUUUCCUUUGGGAAUGAUUGUUUUAUCACAGAGUUUAUAACAUAGCCAACGCAAACAUCGCCACUGCCAGGUCAUGUUGUAUCACAACGAAUGUGGAUGAAACAAUGUGUCGUUCGUUUUAUAUCCCAAUACAGUAAGGACAGGGCGAACAUUCGAUGGUGUUUCCUGGUUUUUUACGAUCCAGAUAGUCACGGCAGGAGGAACACCACAACUGAUAGCAUAACUGUUUAAUAUAUAGAUUUAGCCACGGCUAAAAGCGAAGCUCCCGUUAAUAAAUUCAUAAUUUAAAUCAAACAAUAAACUUGUAAUCCACAGAUCAGGGCACAUUCAUUUGACGUUUGAGAAAACGUUUUUAGAGAAAAAUAAUUUGACAGUCCAAGAGUGAAACAGCUUUUACAUCGAGUUAGUAAAUAGUCUUAUUUGUACACCCAAAAAUAGCAAUCAUGUUCGAUCACAGUAGAUUAGGCCUGGAAAUCAAAUAGACCUACUUAUUCGUGUAUUGUAUUUGCAUUAGCUGUUGCAUCAUAAUGUGGCAUUCACCACUCUCUCAAACAUUGCUCCGUUUGAGAGACUAUGGAUAAUUGGACAACCCCGGAAUAUAAUUUUAAGAGACACGCGCCACGAUAGUCCUUGGUGGCAGCCAAUUUACACGUUGCAUUCCUCUGUCUAAAAGAGAGGCCAAAAUAAAAAAACAGGCCGGAUUUUUUGUGUUCGACAAGUUUAGUUUACUAGUAAAUCUUGGCGACGAAUCUGGUGGUGUGUAAACCAGCCUUUAAAACAUACUUUUUCUCAUCACGUCUCAGGUAAACAGUACUAUGAGGCCCUUGUUUUUAUCAUACAGACCGCGGACAGAAUUUGUUCUUUUUUGCCCUAUUUAAACCUAUAAUUCUGCAGUUUUUCACAAUUUUGCAAGAGAAUUUGCACUCAUUCAAUAUCCACGACGAUCAAAGCACGCCCUUCCUUUGCACAACAAAUUAUAGCAUUGAAUUAUAAAACGUUUUCAUGAAGAGAAUUCUAAAAUGCUAAGACUUUCAGUUAGAAAAAUCUGGUCCUAUGUGAUAUGCAGGGUAAUAUGGGCUUUUAAUGAAAACAAUAAACAAAUUCCCAAAAUCACUUUUCGGCCAGCCGGACGGGACUCACUUUUGACAGGCACCAAAUUUGCAGUGCGAGUGAUAGAGUUACCAUUUACACUUCAACAUGAUAGAUAAAUUGUUAUGUUUAGGUUUUAUUUCCCUUUAUUUAUUAAACUGCGUAUGGUUUUGGUAUGUGUAAUCUUUAAAAGCGAGUGAUAUUUACGAGCGGCGUUUUGAGUAUUCCUGCAUGAGAUGUUUAUGUUCGACUGGAUACAACCGGUGCAGUGAUAAAAAUUGCGAGAGAGACUACUAAGAAUCAAUAAAAUAAAUAUAAUUCGGUGAAACAUGUACAGAGACAAUAAUUUUCAUCCACGAAGUGAAGUAUUGAGAGUAAAGUGUCUUUAAAAAUCAUGAGUCAGGUAAGCAUAAGCUUAUUUAUGUUUUAAGCUGGCUUCCCGGUGUUUGCUCUUUUUCAAGGUGAAUUCGAGGCAAGAAAAUCGCUCAGAGCUUUCUGUUUACAGCCAAAAUCAUAAGUAAAUAAUCUUCGGAACAUUUUCUUUGAAUUUGCGGUCAAAAAAAUGUCUAAAGACUUUUUAAACCUGAUACUAUUGUAGGUUAGAUCAUUGCUCGUGUAUAAACUUAAGCCGCAUAAAUCAUACGCUCGACUUCAGGAAACCGAAAAAAAAACACAUCAAAGACAACAAUUUCUCAGGCUUACCAGUCGAGAUGCUGCUUCUGAAGGUCAUCAAGUGUUCCAGAAUUUUCAACCCUCUUACGCCUCAAGCAAGGGCAAGUGAGUAAGCUCAUUUUUGAAAAUGAUGCCAUCCGAAAUCGGAUUUCCAAUGACUUUGACAAGCGGUGCAUUUGUCAACAAAAAGCGCAAUAAACAAACCAGCCAUGAAUUACAGAACAAUCUUGAUAGCAGCUGUAUUUCGUUGUGUACACCAAGUAGGAAAAGCCAGUAUAAAACAUCACAAGAUGACACAAAACUCUACAAGCUCCAGCUAUCAGUAAGCAAGUUUCCAGAUGCUGCAUAAAUUUUCCGCAUGAACUCACCUGCCAAAUUUUGACCAAUCCGAACAUAAAAAUUGGACGUAGAGCGUGAUCAACGCGUGACAGUGAGAAAAGUCAAAAGUGAUUGCCUUCCCCGCAGAUUCCCCGCAUGCAAAUGUAACAGCCGGUUGAAUUUUCGCGUCCGAAAUCAGUUCGAAAUCAACAUUUCAAAAGUGCGGCUCAUGAACUCGACUUAUUUCAUAUGCUUUUUAAAAAAAUUGAAGAUGAGCCUGCGAUAAUUGAAAAGUAGCAACCUGUCAGCGGAUACGUUAAAAAAAACACUCGAACUCAGUGGGUCGAUACCUGAGCCCGCGAUAGGGUCAGGCGAUACUGGUCAGCAGAAACACUAUUUUGACAGCUGUCAAUUAAUCAAAACAUGGAUGUACAAUAUCAGGUUGCAGGCUCCCAAACUAGCUAGAAAGUGUGAGAUUAAACAUUGGUAUACCUGUGGUGCGGACGGACGGAAGGUCGGGUGGUCGGUGUAUGGUCACGUGAUUGCCGAGUUUUCUAAGAUGGAUCGUUUUUCUAAGCUAUGGGACUUCGAAUUGAGCCCGUGAUCAAAUAAAAUAUCAGCGCAAAACUUUAAACACUACGUGACCUCAAUGGAUAGACAAAUGAGCCCGCGAUACACUCAGGUGAUGAUGGCCAGCGUAUACUCUAGUUUGACAGCUGUCAAUUAACCUUCAUUAGAAUGGCGAAUAUUCGAAUUAACAGACUACGAGUGUGAGUAAGACAUAUCCGUCCGGCAUGUAGUGGAAAACGCCAGAUCGUGUACCUAAGCGAACCUGAGCCCACGUUAUUAGUUUUCUGAUAGUGGUCUGCACAUGUCCGAUUUUGACAGCUUUCAAUUGACCUUAAUUUGGCUUGCCAAUAUAUCUUUAAACGACUGUCAGCCAACUGACAGCCUUGCCCAGCGUAGUUUUGUUUUUAUGUUGUAUUGGUAAGUGUGACAUAUUAUAUCAGCUUAUAUGUAGAGGCAAAACGACUGGUCUUUCAUCUGAGCCCGCGAGAUAGUCAUGUGAUAAUUGUCAGCGGAUGCCUAAUUUUGACAGCUGUUAAUCUAAUCGUACUCAUAUGGAUGGCUUACAUAACUAAGAGGCUAGUCGAGUUGUGCAAGAUCUAUUGUGACAUUUGACAUCGGCUUACAUGAAGCGUGUGUACGGGUGGGCGGGCGUACGCUACGUCAUAACCAAAUUUUCUGAGAUGGAUAGUUUACCAAAUUUUCUUACCCAUGGUGCUCCGCUCUGCGCGCUUCGCGCGCGCGAGGAGCUCCGCUAUUAUCCACACAUAACGCUUCCAAUUUCCCUUUCAUGAUAUCAAUGAGCUGUUCUUUUCUUUGUAAGGUGGCUUGGGUUAUUUAUAAUUGCUCUUUACAUUGGUACCAUAAUUGAGUCAUAUCAAGCAAGGCUUUGGUUGCAGAAGACAUGAUGACAGCAAAGAUGAAAAGACCAAAGCGCCGCUCGCUUUUAUACCCCGACCAGUGUGAAACGGUUGAACAUUUCCGAACGGUUCAAUCCUGGUACUCCCUACAUGUCAGGACCAAACGGUUAGACAUUUCUUAUCUGCAGUCUUUUUUCAACACUAUUCCCAUACAAAUCCCUCUAAAUUUACACCCAGUGUCAAACGGAUGGAAAACUCUUAUUUGCAGACUUUUUCAACACUUUAAUGAAUGUCAUGCAGACUUUUACAGCAAGCUUCAAAUCUUACAUCAUUAAAAGUUCAAACAUUCUGGGAUCCAAUUUGGAGCAGGCUUUGGAUUCUUCUCCUAAUACUCUUCAAUCUCUGGACUCCAAUAAAAUUCACUGGGUAAGCGGAACUGUUUCUGCCUCUGCUUUCGUUCUAGCUCCUGCUGCUGGGCACUUUCAGCAAACUGAUUGAACCAAUCUUUUUCAGUCAUAAUUCUAUUACUGAUAUAUGAAUCCUUUCAGUAAAAGGAUUCAUGUUCGGGACUUAUAGUCUUCAGAGGUCUUGGCUUGUAAGUAUGAUUGGUGGUAGGUACAAACCGAGGGUCUGAUGGUGGAUACUCUGGCAACCAGUGGGGUGGUGGUCGUGCUCGUGGACGAAAUACUGGGGUAUGGAUCCACUGGAACUACUUGCACCUUUUGUCUUUGUCUCGUUCCCCACAGGUCAAAAACACCUUGUGCAGGUUUCUGAUGGUUUUACUAAGGCGCAUCUUAGGGACCAAGCCACAAUGACAAAACAACAUUCCCCACUGGGAUCGUAUCGUGGGAUGUGUGUCCAUCAUCAACGCUUGAAUCACAGGCUGCUUGUUACUUUCACUGGUGAACACAGGACAGCUUUUCUCAGGACAAAAAGACAUCCGUUCUGGGGAUGGGUGGUGGUCUACUGGUUGUAGGAGGGUAGACACAUGAAAUGGGCAAUACUCGUAGAGAACAGUAUGCACAUCUGCCUCAGUCAUCCCGGGUUGCUCUGCCUCUUGAACAACUUCAAUUUCCACCUUUUCUGGCUCCGCUAUUUCUUCAUGUUCUACUUCACCUUCAAAGAUUUUUGCCAAUCGUGCUUUUCACAAAGCCUUCUCCAAUUCAUUUUCUUCUUUUACUUCACCCUCAGACACCCUCUCCAGUUUGUCUACUCGUUGCAUGGCAUUAAGGAAUGUUGAAGUGGAAGGAUUUGGAGGUGGAGGUUCAAUGAUUUGUUGAAUGGCUUCUUCCAGUUCUGUCGACUGUGGAAUCGUGACUUCUACCAUGGGUUCUGUCUUUUUCUUCUUGUUUUUCUUGGGGGCAAUGACUGGUGCAGGUCGAGUAGGUUUAUGAUUCAUCUUGCUGAUGGAAUGUGUCUCACAAGUCGUGUUUUGUCUUAUUUUGUCCAUUCUCAUUGACGUCAAUCGAGGUAUGACGUCCACUCUCUUUUGCUUUCAUUGUUUUCAUUGACGUAAGUCGUCCAAAUGACAUACAUUGUCUUUUGUUCUCAUUGUUCUCAUUGACGUAAGUCGUCCAACGACGUACAUUCUCUUUUGUUCUCAUUGUGCUCAUUGACGUUCGUUGUCCAUUGAUUUACACUCUCUUUUGUUUUCAUUGUUCUCAUUGACGUAAGUCGUCCAAUGAUGUACAUUGUCUUUUGUUCUCAUCGUGCUCAUUGACGUAAGUUGUCCAUUGACGUCAUUCUCUACUGAUUGGUCUAAGAUGUUAUUAAAAUCAUGUUGCCCAAGUUUGUUUGAUCAGAAUGAUGAUAGCCACUCGGUCGCUCUGGUUAGUGAUUGUCAAAGAUUUGCUCUUGUUGUGUGAAGAACUUAUCCUGGAACUAGAAGACUUGGAACGUCAGUGUAAAAACUUGAAAGCCCGACAAGCUGUGGAACCAGGGUACGAUACAGUGCAUCAAGCAAACAAUGUUUAACGUGAGUCCUUACACGAUUGUGACUGGUGGUGCGUUGGGUGUGGAUUUGGAAGCCGAGAAAUUAGCGCGCAAUCAUGGUAUGGCCGUUGAGGUGUACGUUCCACCCUGCCACCCUAGAAGCAAACUUAUACCACCGGUAUCUCAUGAGGCUCUACGAGAAGCUAUCCCGCUCACGAACCAAGCGGCAUUUCGUCUAAACCAAAACCUUCAAAGUCCCAUUAGCAUGCAGUACAUUCACCGUAAUUAUCAUGUGGUAAAGAAUGCUUCCAUGGUUUUAGCCUUUGGUUCAUUUCAAACAGGGACCAAACUCAUCCACGGUGGAACUGGAUGGGGUGUCGAAUUUGCUAAAUUGUUAAAGAAAAGUCUGUAUGUCUACGAUGUAGACAGAAAUAUCUGGAUGUGGUUUGACAACAGCCAAGACCAAUUCUCUCCCUGUGAGCAAAUGACAGAGGAACAGAUAAUGAACCCCACGCUGAUGAACAGAACUGCCAUUAUUGGCGUACGCAAUAACUACGAUUAUCCCGAUGCCUUAUUGGAACUGAAUGAAUUAUUUAAACAAAGUCUUAACAUUAAUGAUUACCCCGAUGCCUUGUUGGAACUGAACAAAUUAUUUAAACGAAGUCUUAACAUUAAAGUUUAAUAGUCACCUGUACUUUAUUCUUGUUUGUAAAAUAAAAAAUUGAAACUUGAACUUCUGUUUUCCUUGAACGCAUUACUUCCUUUUCCAGUAGGGGAGUAAAAACGACACACUUGUAAAGCUUAACAGGGUUUUAUUUUUUUACAGUUUUACAAGGUUAUUUUCUUUUUCUUGGGUUUUUCUUUUUCUUUUUGAAGUCUGGCUUCUAACGCAUCUCGUCUUUGUUGCUGUUUCAAUUUGUCUUCUUGUUCUUCCUCAGGUGUCCUAUAAAAAUAAAUUUUUUAUUAGUAGUAUUUUUUCACAUUUAUGUCUUUUUCAUGAAACCAUUUGCUUACCUUUGCACUUUCUCUUCACUCCAAUCCACCCCACGAGCCUUUUUGGUUUAAGGCAAUUCCCUUGUUUGCACCUUCCUCUUGUUGGACUUGGUCUUGCACGUUGCAGACUUUUUGGAAUUUUUGUUGGAGGUAGAUGAGAAAUUUAAUAUGAUUGUGAUGUGGUUGCACUCCUCAUUGGAUGCAUUCAUGGAGGUACUCAUAGCGGGUGUAUUCGUAGAAGUAAUAAAAUGGAAAGUUCGCGCAGGUACAAGAGGCGGAUGUUUUUGAAGAAGUCAUUUAUGAACAAUCACAUUAUCUACUAUUAUCUUUGCACAUGUGACGUCGUCAAUUACGUAAAUCAAGCACGGGGUCUUUUGAAUGACGUCAUUGCUCUUGCUGUUUUGUGAUUGGUUCAAAGUACUGAAUACGAAUGAGCUCCAUUGUUCCAAUUGUUCUCUAAAUCUUAAACAAAAGAAUACUGCUCUGUGAUUGGUUACUUGCCAUAUCAACCCCCUUAACUACUCCCACAGGGAACAGUUUGCAGUGGCUUAGGACUUUGUUUACUGCUAAAACGAUUAGCAUACCCAUGCCGCUAUUUCGAUUUAAUUUCAACUUUUGGACGUCCGCUGCCAGAGCUGUGCAUGAUCGCUAACACUGUACUUGAUUGGGUUUUUAAUGAACAUGGGUUUUGUUUAACCUCUUGGAAUCAGCCAUUUCUUACCCCUGCUUGCCUUCAGGAAUACGCCUGUGCUAUAGCAAGACAAGGAAGUCCACUUACCAAUUGUUUUGGUUUCAUUGACGGCACGUUUCACCCCAUAUGUCGCCCUGGAGAAAAACAGCGCGUUGUAUACAACGGGCACAAGCGUGUUCAUGCGCUAUGA